CGGACGCGACAAGUUUAAAAGCGCGGGAGUUUCUACGCGCGAAAUGUUGUUGGAUUAGCACUGAAACGAGUAUAAUGAAAAGCAAAUAAGGCGGCGCGUGUCGAGUGUUUAUAAUACAAUUGAUUACAUCAAACCCCGUCGCCAGAGCAGCACUAAAAACUCUUUUGCAUGCCCAACAUCUGCUGCCUUCGGAUGCCGCAGCGCCUGCAAAUUGUGCCGCGACUUUAGCAACAACAGGUGUCAGACGAUGGAAAAUCUGCCAACGGUUCGAAAACAGAAAACACAGGAAACAGGCAACGAAGGACACAGAGAGGGGAAGGAAGGGAGCCGCGGCCAAGUCGAGAACGUAAUUAACAAGGAGUAGAAAAGAGCGGAAGGGGACAGGACAUGCAAAAUGAACGAAAAUGUUGCAUGUUCAUAGAGAAACAGUUGCUGCCACAACAGGAGGAGCCCCCAACCAAUUCCAUUUGCAUUAAGCGUCAACACGAGAGGAGCAGCUAUACCCCGCGUAAUGUACACGACUCCCGACCCUGCUCCACAUGGUAACCACCACUCAAGACUGCUGCUCUCGCUGCCACUGUUGCUGCUGCUCUGCCUCCUGCCGGCAAAUGGGGAAGUUUUCACGCUGGGCUACCUCACGGGAUCACAACGUCGGCCGGGCAACCUGGACUACCAUCGACCCGGUCUGACCAUCUCUGGCGCCAUCUCGCUGGCCGUGGAACAGGUGAACGCUGGCCGACUCGGAGCGCUGGGCCACUCGCUGGAGUUUGUCGUGGCCGAGACCUUUGGCGAUGAGGUGGCCAGCAUCCGGCAAACGGCGGCGCUCUGGACGCAGCAGGUGGCUGCCUACAUUGGGCCGCAGGAGACGUGCGUACACGAGGGGCGCAUGGCAGCCGCCUUUAACCUGCCCAUGAUAUCCUAUUACUGCACCCAUCGCGAUCCCUCGAACAAGGGAGACUUUCCGACGUUCGCGAGGACCCGGCCGCCGGACACGCAGAUCUCCAAGUCGGUGGUGGCCCUGCUGCUGGCCUUCAACUGGACGCAGGUGAGCUUCCUCUACCUGGACGAUGCCAGCGGACAGUACCAGCCCGUGGCAGAGACCAUCCUGAGCACUCUGAGUGCGGCCGGAGUCAGCGUUCGGGACGUGCGCACCUGGAACACCAUCUACCAUCACGGAUUCAUGGCCAAUCCCUUUGAGGCGCUGGUGGAGCAGACCCACGUCAAUACGCGCAUCUACCUCAUUUUGGGGCACUACUACGAGCACGUCGGGCUAAUGGUGUCGCUCCAGAGGCGGGGACUGCUCUCGGCGGGCGAUUACUUUGUGGUGGGCAUCGACAUCGAGCAGUACGAGCCGGCCAAGCCCGAGAAGUAUCUGCGUGGACUGCUGCUGGAGGAGGUGGAGCCGCAGGCCGUGCAGGCGUUCCAGUCCUAUCUGGGCAUCGUGCCCACAGCGCCCAUCUCCUUCGCUACGUUCGCCCAAGAGGUCAACAAAUACAUGGAGCGACCGCCAUUCAACUUCCCCAAUCCGUUGGGCCUGUUCGGGGGCACUAAGCAGAUAAGUGCCGAGGCUGCCUAUCUCUAUGAUGCCGUGCAUCUGUACGCCAAGGCCCUGCUGGAAGUGCUGGAGUCGGGCGGCCGGCCCAAGAACGGCAGCGCCAUUGUGUCGGCCAUCAAGGGCUCGCGAUAUCGCAGCGCCAUGGGCUACCACGUCUACAUAGAUGAGAACGGAGACGCAGCCGGGAACUACACUGUAUUAGCCAGGGGAACGGCGCGGAACGGGCGCAACCAGACGGUGCUCGGACUCCGGCCGGUGGGCACCUUCGGUCACAGGAACAGCAGCUUCAGCAGCAGCAGCGAGGCGUUGCCCGAUCUCAGUCUGUACAGCCCCAUCGACUGGGUGGGCGGUGCGCAUCCAGCAGCUGCCCCACGCUGCGGCUUUGCCGGCGAGAAGUGUGUCAGUUACACGGGCGAAAUCUCCGCGGCGAUUGCUGGAGGAGCAUUGCUGCUGUUGGGCGUGGUCUCGUUAGUGCUGUACCGCAACUGGCGCUACGAGCAGGAGCUGGACAGCCUGCUCUGGAAGAUAGACUUUCGCGAGGUGCAGAUGCACGAGAACGAGAGGGAGCAGCAGAGCCAGAAGCAGACGCGCUCAACCCAUCCGCUGAUCCGCACCAGCCAGGUCAGCCUCAGCUCCAAUCCCGAUGCAGACUUCCGCUACACGACCAUCUUCACGCCCAUCGGCCUCUACAAGGGCCAGCUGUACGCCAUCAAGAAGGUGCGCAAGAAGAGCGUCGAUAUCACGAGGGAAAUGAAGAAGGAACUCAAGCUGCUGCGCGACGCCCGACACGACAAUAUCUGCGCCUUCAUCGGCGCCUGCACGGAUCCGCCGAAUAUCUGCAUCAUCAGCGAGUACUGCACCCGAGGCAGCCUUAAGGACAUUCUGGAGAACGAAGACGUCAAGCUGGACAACAUGUUCAUUGCCUCUAUGGUGGCUGACAUUAUUCGCGGCGUCAUCUAUUUGCACGAGUCACCCAUCCGCUUCCAUGGCGCACUGUGCACUUCCAACUGUCUGGUUGACUCGCGAUGGGUGGUCAAGCUGACCGACUUUGGGCUGUUUGCCUUCAAGCAGGGCAUCGAGGACAGCUCCAUGGAUAUGCAGCACAUGUCGGCCAAGUGUCUCAAGCUGCUCUACCGCGCCCCGGAACUCCUCAGGCUGGGCCCCUCGUCACUAGUCAUGGGCACGCAGCGCGGAGACUCCUAUUCCUUUGGCAUUCUGCUCUACGAGAUGCAUGUGCGGCGUGGACCCUUCGGGGAGACAGGCCUGACACCCAUGCAAUGUCUGCAGAAGGUUCUCCAGCCGCAGGAUCAGCUGAAUCCCUACAGACCCUCACUUCAGCCCCUGGAAACGGCCUUUGAUUGCGUCAGCGAGUGCUUGCGGGAGUGCUGGUCGGAGCGGCCCGAGGAUAGACCGGACUUCAAGACAAUCCGCGCCAAGCUGCGACCCCUGCGCAAGGGUAUGCGGCCGAACAUCUUCGACAACAUGAUGGCCAUGAUGGAGAAGUACGCCAACAACCUGGAGGCGCUCGUGGACGAUCGCACGGACCAGCUGCAGGAGGAGAAGAAGAAGACUGACGCACUGCUGCACGAGAUGCUGCCGCGCUGCGUGGCCGACCAGCUGAAGAAGGGCCACAAGGUGGACCCCGAGCACUACGAGCAGGUCAGCAUAUACUUCAGCGACAUUGUCGGCUUCACGGCCAUGUCCGCCGAGUGCACGCCCCUGCAGGUGGUGGACUUCCUGAACGAUCUCUACACCUGCUUCGACUCGAUAAUUGGCCACUACGAUGUCUACAAAGUGGAGACCAUUGGCGACGCCUACAUGGUGGUGUCGGGACUACCGCUGCGCAACGGGGACCUGCAUGCGGCCGAGAUUGCCACUAUGUCGCUGCACCUCCUGAGUGCCGUCUCCGAGUUUAAGAUCCGUCAUCGGCCGACCAAUCGUCUGCUGCUGCGCAUUGGCAUCCACUCGGGUCCGGUCUGUGCCGGCGUCGUGGGCCUGAAGAUGCCGCGAUACUGCCUCUUCGGCGACACCGUUAACACCGCCUCGCGCAUGGAGUCCAGCGGCGUGCCGCUGAAGAUCCACUGCAGCGGACAGUGCCGACAGCUGCUCGAUCGCUUGGGCGGCUACCACUUCCAGGAGCGCGGCAUGAUCUCGAUGAAGGGCAAGGGUGAGCAACGCACAUACUGGCUGCUGGGCGAGGACGAGGAGGCGCGUACACGCCGCACCUACGAACGCUCCCAGCGAAGGGGUUCGCGGGCACUCAACAAAUUUAUCCAAGGCACUAUCAAGCAGGCCCAGGACCAGGCCAACGAGUACGGCAUACGGUCCUCCUUGAAGCAGAAGCAUCUGCCGCGAAACUCGCUGACUCGAUCCUCCAGCCUGGAGUCGCCCAAGAAGCUGCGAUUCGCUGCGGGCAGUCUCCUCGAACAUCAUCGCUAUCACAGUGACGAGGCCCUGCUCGAGGUGGACUCCUACACAGGGCUGCGCCGCUCCUCGGGCGGAUCCACACACUCGCGCUACGAGGAGACGACGCUAUCGCUGACGCUCUCCUGCCAGAGCAUCGAAGUGGUGAGCACCCAGCAGAAUCAGAAUCAGCGGCGUCCCUCCUCAUAUACCACUGCCAACACACCGCUGCUCCUGAACCAUGUGGAGGUUUGAACAAUCGAAGCGGCUGCACUGGCGGUUGCCCAGUCUUUCUAGUACUUAUAGUAUAACCCAAUUACAGGGAUAUUAGUGGAAUUUGUGUUCAGUAUGUUUAGC